AUGUACCGUACCACCGAUAGCCAGUACAAGCCGACCUAUGCCAUCACAACGCUAUUCAUUCCGAGUUACAACAAUGGCACUAAUACCUCCUCAAACCCAACUCUCCUAUCAUACCAGUAUCCCUACGAUGCGGUUGACCUAAAUUUGAGCCCUUCGUACGCCAUGUACGCUGGUAUGCCAGUGGAAGACAUCUCUUGGGGACUCAGCCGUGGUUGGUAUGUUAUAACGGGGGACUAUGAAGGUCCGUUAGCCUCAUUUAGCGCCGGAGUCAUGUCAGGCCAUGCUGUGCUUGACGGUAUUCGUGCUGUGCUUUCGGAUGCCUGCGCCGCCGAGUUCUUCGGUCUUUCCUCUCCUACCGUGAGGAAGCGCAGCGCCAACAGCCCGCCUUGGCGAUACGCCCUCUGGGGUUAUUCGGGUGGCGCUGUAGCUAGCGAAUUUGCGGCUGAACUACAAGUCCAGUAUGCACCCGAACUUCAAUUUGCGGGCGUCGCCAUUGGUGGCUUGACACCUAAUAUUUCAACUAUUCGAGACCUGGUCGAGGGUACUCUCUAUGCUAGCCUCACACCAAGCUGGCUAAUUGGUGUAACUUCCCAAUAUCCUGACGCAAGAGAUUAUCUUAUCAGCGUGCUCAACAAAGCAGGUCCUUAUAAUGUGACAACCUUCAUGGGACUUGCACAGUCAACAUCGACACUCGUCACCUUUGCAUUUGAGCGAAUUAGCGAUUACUUUGUCAAUGGUUUCGCUGAUCUGGAGACUCCCAUCAUCAACAAAAUCAUCACCAGUGAUAAUACAAUGGGCUACCAUGGUGUACCGCAAAUGCCCGUAUUUGCUUACAAGGCUGUCCACGACGAACUAAGUGCUGUUGCUGAUACAGACAAGCUAAUCGACCGGUAUUGCGAGCUACCAGCAGUUGACAUAUUUUAUCAACGCAAUGAAGUCGGCGGCCAUGGCGACGAGUCAACAGCAGGUAACCCUCGCGCGAGAGCGUGGCUCAUUGAGGUGCUGCAGGGCACAUAUACGGAGACCGGUUGCCGCAUUGAGACCAUUGUGGAUGUCGCUGCGUAG